GGUGCAUUGGUCAUAUGAUCCAAAGCACAAGCGGAAAAUCAUUGUUUUUGAGUUACACUAGACUUAUUUGGAUAUUGAAGACAACUGCAUGUAUUUUUAAUUGUUUUUUUUAGAAAAAUACUCUCAAUCUGCAGCAGAAAAGUUUUUUUGUUUCCCUCCUCCCUUCCAGUCUCCUCUGCAUCCAGACUCCCCCGUGAGGAACCAACAGAAUCCCACUCUCAACCGGUCUCUGCUCGUUAAGCACACUUGCAAAUAUUUUGACUGUUAUCAUGCAGGAGCCACACCAUUACACGAAGAUCAUGUGAAUAAAAGAAUUUAAAGGAUAUAAAAGAAGAAAUGCGCGCUCUCGGCUAGGGGCAGCAUCAGCACCAGCAUCCAGUGCGCGCCCCCGCUCCGGUAAAGGCUGCCCGAGAUCCCGGGAAGAGGAGUUGGAGCUGCGCUAGUUAAAGUUGGUCCAAAGGGGGGGUGAAAGGAUGCUGAAGAACAAUCUACGAUCUAAUUAACAUAGUCUAUACGGAGAAACGUGUCCUAAGUGAAGGAUGACUUGCAAAAUACUGAGCAUAUGCCUCUUAUUUUUGGGUUUUCAACAUUGCUUAUCACGAGAAUGUGUCGAUCCGCUGGUCUCUGGGCUCUAUGCCUCUUCCUUCCUGGCCUCCUCGAGAUAUAACUUCCUUUAUUCGGCCAAUUUUGCCAAAUUAUAUGGCAGCAGUGGUUGGUCCCCAUCUCCCAGAGACAGACAGCCAUGGCUGCAGGUGGACCUGGGCAGGAAGUAUCGAUUGAGAGCCAUCGCCACUCAGGGGACAUUCAACUCAUAUGACUGGGUUACCAAGUACACCCUGCUCUAUGGAGACCGUCCAGAUUCCUGGACGCCAUACAUAAUGAAAGGAGGAAACUCUACGCUGCCUGGGAACUGGAAUUAUUAUCAGGUGAAGAGGAAUGUCUUCCAUUACGCCUUUACUGCUAAACACAUUCGUCUGCUUCCUCUGGCAUGGAACACAGAGAAUGGAGGGAAGAUUGGUGUGAGGCUGGAGCUGUUUGGCUGCUCUUAUGAUUCCUAUGUGCUACAGUACAAUGGGGAUGACUCAGUGGUGUACAUGUACCCAGAAAAGAGGUCCCGUACACUGCAGGACCACAUUGCCAUAAACUUCAAAACUCUGGAGCAGGAUGGUCUGCUGUUACACAGUGAGGGGAUUCAAGGAGACCUCUUCACCCUGGAGCUCAAGAGAGGCCGUCUUUAUCUGCACAUCAGCCUAGGGAGCAGUGUAAUACACAAAGUUGAUGGUCGAAUCACACUGACUGCUGGCAGCCUUCUUGAUAAUCUACACUGGCAUUAUGUCACCAUCAAGCGCUAUGGUCGACAGGUGAACUUCACAGUGGACAGUCAGACAGUGACAGGCAUCUGUAAUGGAGAGUUUACACACCUGGAUCUGGAUACACAGUUGUACGUAGGAGGUGUCAUAGAGCAAAAUUUGCCACACCUGCCCACCACACCAAAUUUCCGGGGCUGUCUGGAAAAUGUGUUCAUCAAUGGCAUCAACAUCAUCAACAAGGCUCAGAGAGAAGAAUCUGACAUCCGCAUCCCACGAAAUAAAAAGAUGCAUUUUGCCUGCAGGGACAUUCUGCUCAAACCGAUGACUUUUGCCGGCCCCAACAACUACCUGCAGGUACCGGGCUUCUUCAGGAGGCCCCGUAUGUUUGUCAAGUUUAAGUUCCGCUCAUGGGACUACACAGGGCUGCUAAUGUUCACACGAUUUGCUGAUGACCUGGGUGCCCUUGAGCUGGGUCUAAGCGAGGGACAGAUCAACGUCACUAUAUUCCAGCCUGGCAAGAAGAAACUCCAAUUUGCUGCAGGAUACAGAUUAAAUGAUGGCUACUGGCACACAGUGGAUUUGGCAGCUAGAGACAACCUUCUGACCCUCACAAUUGAUGAGGAGGAGGGGUCUCCACUAAAGAUCACUAACCCUUUCACAAUUCGGACAGGAGACCGUUACUUCUUUGGAGGUUGUCCGCAAACCAAUAACACAAUAAGGAAGUGUGAGACCAAGCUGAACCGCUUCCACGGUUGUAUGCAGCAUAUCUUCAUUGACAAUGAACAGCUUGAUAUCGACAUUAUUUUGCAACGGAAAUGGGGGCGCUAUGCUGAGCUGUUACUGGGCACAUGUGGCAUAACUGACAGAUGUACUCCAAAUCCAUGUGAACAUGAAGGCAGAUGCAUCCAGUCCUGGGAUGACUUUAUCUGUCUGUGUGAGAACACAGGCUAUAAAGGAGAAGUCUGUCACAUGUCGGUUUAUAAAGAAUCAUGCGAGGCGUACAGACUCAGUGGCAAGUAUUGGUCUGGAAACUACACCAUCGAUCCUGAUCUCAGUGGGCCGCUGAAACCAUUUGAAGUGUACUGCAAAAUGAAGUCAUACAAAGCUUGGACAGUGAUUAUGCAUGACCGUGUGGAUGGCACCAAGGUGACUGGGAGUUCUAUAGACCAACCAUACAUAGGAGAUGUCAACUACUGGAAUGCCUCCUGGGAUGAAGUCACUGCUCUAGCAAACACUUCCCUAUACUGUGAGCAAUGGAUCGACUACUCCUGCUACAAGUCUCGUCUCCUCAACACCCCCAAUGGAAGACCUUUUGGUUACUGGAUUGGUCGCAACAAUGUGAGUCACUACUACUGGGGUGGAACAUUCAGAGAAAUCCAAAAGUGUGGCUGCACUAUCAACCAAACCUGCGUUGAUCCCAAGUUUCAGUGCAACUGUGAUGCUGACUAUAGACAAUGGUACUCAGAUAAGGGCUACUUGGACUUCAGAGACCAUUUGCCUGUCAGGAGGGUGGUAGUUGGGGACACCAACAGGACCGGCUCGCAAGCACACUUCACCGUUGGGCCACUCCGCUGCCAUGGCGAUAGAAACAUCUGGAACACCAUAGCCUUUACCAAGCCCACCUACAUAACCUUCCCUACCUUUAGGCCUGGCUCCAGUGCUGACAUCUCCUUCCACUUUAAAACCUAUCGAGACCAUGGUGUCUUCUUAGAGAACUCUGAUGAGCAGCUUCGAAAUUUCAUACGGAUAGAGUUGAAUACCACCCAUAACCUUGCAUUUAUAUUUAUGGUUGGUGAUGGCAUCAUUAAUGUGACACUACACUCCCCUGUGCCACUGAAUGACAAUGAGUGGCAUUUUGUUCAGGCUGAGAUUAAUGUGAAACUGGCCCGGAUCAAGGUUGAUUAUCAGCCUUGGGCUGUCAGGCGUUUUCCAGGUCAGACUUUCGUCACCAUGAAGUUUACACAUCCUCUCUUAGUAGGUGCUGCCAACCGUACCCUAAGACCAUUCUUAGGGUGUCUUCGAGGGUUACGAAUGAACGGUGUUCCUCUUGAUUUAGAGGGGAAAGUAAAUGAAGAACAGGGUGUAAGGAGGAACUGUACUGGACAGUGUCUCAAUGCUACUAUACCGUGUCGAAACAGUGGCCAGUGUAUCGAGGGCUACGCUUCCUACACUUGUGACUGUAACAACACAGCUUUUGAUGGCUUCUACUGCCACAAAGAUAUCGGUGCUCACUUUGAGAUUGGCUCUUGGUUGAAAUACAACAUACGAAAGAAGCCUGUAUCAGAUGAAGCAGCAUGGGCCAACUGGAUUGACCCGCACUAUGACAACUUCAGUCUGGGCUACAAUGACACAUCAGAUGACAUAGAGUUCAGUUUCAGCACUGUUCACACGCCAGCUGUGUUGCUCUACAUCAGCUCCUUUGUCCAAGACCACAUCGCUGUUCUCCUGAAAACUGAUGGUAGUGCAGAACUGAGGUAUAAGCUGGGUCUGAUAACACAUAAGUACGAGCUGACUCGCCGAAACCUGGCAGAUGGAUUCCCCCAUUAUAUCAACAUAACCAGACACAACAGAACCAUCAAAACACAGGUGGAUUACAUGGAGCCCAUUGUGGAAAAGAUAACUUUGGUGGAGGACGCCAGGUUUGAUUCUCCAAAGUCCAUGUUUCUGGGCAGAGUGAUGGAGGUUGGUGACAUUGACUAUGAAAUCCAAAGGCAUAAUGCUCCAGGCUUCAUAGGCUGCAUAUCUGGGGUGAGAUACAACAUUUACGCCCCUUUAAAGGCCUACUUCCGUCCAAAUGAAACAGACCCUCCUGUAGCGACACAAGGCUAUAUCUCUGAGUCCAACUGUGGUGCUUUCCCUCCCAUCCUGGGUUAUGUACCAUGGGAGGCAGACCCAUGGUUCACUGGUAUCGAGUAUUUCUAUAUCCAUGAUGACCUAGGCCUGCUUUGGAUAACUGUCAUUGUAAUCCUGGCAUUGCUGCUGCUCUUUGGAGGCCUGUAUAGCAUCUACGUCUAUGCGUAUCAGCAAAAGGGCAGCUACCGCACCAAUGAACCCAAGAACCUGGAGUCCCCUAGCAGCUCCAGGCCACUGACUGAGACCCUGAGGAGAGAAAAAAAGAACCUCCCACAAAUUGAAGAGGAGCUCAGGAGUGACUAGCAUCACUGGACCUUUGGGACAGCGGGUGGGGUUUGACUGAGGGUUGGGCAGAGGGAAAUAGCUCUUACAAUAACCACAAAAACCUGUAUUAAGUUUUCUAAUUCUUUUGUUCUGUUUUUUCACAUUUUAGUUUGUAUUUCUUUCUCUGGUUGGGUGGGAUCUGAUGCCUGGUGCUCUACAUAGUAUGUAUUUUGGUAAGGGUUUAAAAAGUCACCUCAAGCCCCAUGUUGCGUGAGUAGCCAAAAUGUCUCACACUGUAAAGCAGGGUGAAAUACUGAAGUGCCUCAUCUGAGCAAGCUUGACAUGAAGUAACCACAAUAGCUUAUUCAGAUUGGGUUUAGAUUUGAUGCUAUGGGAACAGGAAUUUAAGGGAUGUUUAAUUAUAGUUUGAACAUCAGUUUAAAGUAUUCAGGCUCUUAUUGACUGAUUUUUUUUUCCCUGAGUCAUUUUUUUAGACCAACUAAAGCUAUCGAUAUCUUACUGUAUAGAUUUAUUGCCAUCUAAAAUAUACCUUUUGCAGACAAUCUCUCAUAGAGCCAUUUUUGACAUCGUAGCUCACAAUCCCAGCUUGGGUUUGAGCUGUGAAUAUAUCUGGGAACCGGAGAACCAAAAUCCAGAUCACUGUAACCAAAAUGGUUUUCAUGAAUAAAAACAACCAACUGAAGGAAGAACAUAGUGACAAGCAUGAAGCUUUGAGAUGUUAAGCUUUGAAAUGAUACACAUAAAGAUUGUAAAAGGUAUAUAUGCUUAUAUUUGUUGUACAGCAGCCUAUAACAGUACCUAUACAGAAUGGCACGUGUAAGUGGUUCAGAAUUGCCAUAGUGUCAGUAGAUAGCUGCUUAUGCUCAGAUUCCUCACACAUCCUCUACUCUGUGGAAAAUGAGAGUGUGAUGACCAUGUACCUCUUAGUGUGAAAGCUAACAGACUGUCAGUUUGCUGCAGAAUGAAAACAAAAGCUGAGGUGGUGAAGCUCGCCUGGGAUGUGGUGACCUAAAUAUAUCCGAGUUCUCACUCCUUCUGUCUUACUUCUGUCUGCUUAUAUUAUGGUCAAGCUGCCAAUAGCUGCUCGGUGCUACAGAUUGUUUGACGUGGCAGACAUCUCUAACAACUGUAUUAAAAAGAAUCUUCUCAUAAUCCUUUCAUCCCAGAUAAUAAGCAUAUUUCAGGAAACAGUUGAUCCCAGUGGCCAUGCGGAGAAGCAUACACACACACACACACACAAUAUGUACAGAGGACCACAAGAGUGUAAAUGCUAAUCUUUUACUUCUAACUCAUACUGCUAGAAUAUUUUUUGCAUUAGGACAGUAGCCACCAUGCUGUCAUCGCUGAUGCUGUUGCUCGUCUAGCUGCUUCCUGUGGAAAGUUUGAAAAUUCUACUGACAGUCCAAUGAAUGAAAUUUCCUACUCUGGCGAGAUGAAAUUUCGUUUGAUGUGGAGUGAAACAAAAGCUUAGGGCUACCAUCGCUCACUGCAGCUCCUCCUGAUUAUAAAGCACUGUUGUUUAUGUGAAAAAAAGGGAAAAAAAGCAAAACCUUUGUAACACAUUAGCUAUGCAUUUGUAGAGCAUGAGCGCACUUUGCAGUAACAUGCAAUAAUAUGAGCUUCUGUCAGCCGCCAAUGAUGUUAAUGUUUAAUUUGCAUUAGCAAGUGUGUAAUGAGUGUAUACGUGAAUAUAUGAAAACAGAGUUCAACAACUUUUUUAUUCCUGUGGUUUAUACAAAACUUAAAAACAGUUAUGUGGAGUACUUUGAAUGUAAAUCCUCUGACUCUAUAAUGUAUGAGCAGACAAUACAGUGAAGGUUUUCAUUGUAUAACCUGCAUAGCAAUGAAAGUAAAAGUAUGAAUGGUAGCUUUUAAGAAUGCUCAGGACAAAGAAAGUGCAGUCCCUGUUCUCUGUAGCACUGAUACAUCUCCAAAACUCAACCUCGUUGGAUUCUUCCAUUACAGAUGGGCAGAACUGUGCGAACUUGUACAGUGAAAGCAUGUACAGAAUAUGUAAAAACUUACUGUACGGACAUGACUUGCUAAUAAUGUAUGAAAAUGUACAGAUUUGGUCAAAACUGGCACUUACAGGCUAUAUAUAAGGAUGCUGCGUGGGAAAAUGAGUGAAAAUGAAAAGUGAACAAAUAGAGUGAAACUGUUGGUUUGUGAUUGACACAAAGAAUAGUUUGUGUUUUUGUUAACUGGACAAUCACCACUCAGAGUUCAUAUUAGGCACAAGCCAACAAACUUCGUUGCCUAUUAGGAAAUAGUUGUCUUAUGUAUUAUGUAAAUGUAUACACCUUGUUGUACUCAUUGGUAAAACUACUAUAAACACUCAGCCUAGCAGUGUCACUUCCUUGCCACUCACUACUUAAUCAUGUGUGGUCCCUGAAGUGUGUGUAUGUGUGACUGACUGGUUGUUCAGCUGUUUGUGUAUUCAGUUUGCCCACCAAGAUACAACCAGCAGCUGUUAAAGAAUGAAUCUUGAUAAACAACAAAAAGCAAAAAAGAAAGAGGAAAAAACUAAAUAAAACGACGUGCACUGAUGCCAAUUAUUCAGCUUACUUAUUGUAG